ACAGUUGGUCCGAGCUGCCGAAAGGUCUGGUCGCAGAGACAGGAACGCGUAAUCCUCAGCGUGCUCCAGCCCACAGCUUCGCUCCACUGCUCGGCAGGGCAGCUGGCCUCUGGGCACCGGCCCCUCUGCUUCGCGGAAAAGCCUGAUGAAGUCCUCCGAUAUCGAUCAGGAUUUAUUUACAGACAGUUACUGCAAGGUGUGCAGUGCACAACUGAUCUCCGAAUCGCAGCGUGUGGCCCACUACGAGAGUCGAAAACAUGCAAGCAAAGUCCGACUGUAUUACAUGCUUCACCCCAGGGAUGGAGGGUGUCCUGCCAAGAGGCUCCGGUCAGAAAAUGGAAGUGAUGCCGACAUGGUGGAUAAGAACAAGUGCUGCACACUCUGCAACAUGUCAUUCACUUCAGCGGUGGUGGCCGAUUCCCAUUAUCAAGGCAAAAUCCACGCCAAGAGGUUAAAACUCUUGCUAGGAGAGAAGACCCCAUUAAAGACCACAGCAACACCCCUGAGCCCACUUAAGCCCCCACGGAUGGACACUGCUCCGGUGGUCGCAUCUCCCUAUCAAAGAAGAGAUUCAGACAGAUACUGUGGGCUCUGUGCAGCCUGGUUUAAUAACCCUCUGAUGGCCCAGCAACAUUAUGAUGGCAAGAAACACAAAAAGAAUGCGGCAAGAGUUGCUUUAUUAGAACAACUGGGGACAACCCUGGAUAUGGGGGAACUGAGAGGUACCCAAGUUACCUGUGCACGGGCACUCAGGCUGUGGAUCUGCUCCAAGACCAAUGAAAGGAAAGGCACUCUAGGUAAAUGUCAAUAGCAAUAAUAAUUUAAAAAAACAGUUUUAUAAGGUAACCAAUGCAACUAUUGCUGUGCAAUAAUUACCUCCAAACUUAGUGGCUUACAACAACAAAUGACACUUCUUAUCUCUCACAGUUUCCGUGAGGGGAUUUGGGAGUGACUUGGCUCAUUGAUUCUGUCUUGAAGAAAAUAGGUUCUUCAUAAUGUUGUAGCAGAGACGUCAACCAGGGCUGCUGUCAUCUGAAAGCUUGAACGAGGAGGGUCUACUCCUAAAGCCAGCUCAUUCCAUUCUGGGUAAUAGAUUAGUGAUUGCCAGACAUUAGGGCUGGCAGGAGAGACUGAUGAUAGUGAGGUAUUGGAAGUACAAUGGAAAUUAUACUUUGAUCAUGGUGGUGGCAACCUGGCUAUAUGGUUUUGUCAAAAUCUGAAUAGCUAUGCACCAAGAAGAGAGCGAUGUGUAUAUUUAAAAAGCUAAGUAGAAGAAGAGAGAAAAGGCAGAUCACUCACACUCCUGGCUUGUUAGUGAGAGGCCUUUGUCUCCUUGUGGGCCUCUCCCGGAGAUUUUGAACGUACUGGUGUUGUGUUCACUGGCUUCCUACAGAGUCAAUGACCCAAGGCAGCAUCUGGAGGAAGUUCCCCUUUCUAUGAUACUUGAAGGUCUCUGAGCACCACUUCCACACAUUCUAUUUGUUAGAACUUCUUCGUAUCACCCACAGUACCCACAACAAGGUGUUGCUGAUAGAAGUCCUGGAGGAUCGAUCUCCCUCCUGUCACCCAGUGGAAAAACUGUGUUCCACAUUCUCCACUCUCUGUGUGCAGUCAGAAUUACGGGUCUCAAACCGAGGAUUCAGCAUUUUCAAGUACUGAAUACUUGAUAGAAACUAGUGUCAAUUAAUAUGUACUUUGAUUAUGUUUAAUCAAUUAAAAUAAAAGCAUUAGUUCUCUACACUAAUAUUUUCAAUCUCUGAAAGCUGUACGUAUUGUAUCUAGUUAAGAAUAAGCAGAAAAUAGGGACUUUAAACAGAUACAAUAAUUAUAGAACACAGUUCUAAAUUGAAUGUUAGUGAAGAGGUACCAGAGAAAACACUCAGCUUAGAUUACACCUGGUUAUUUUUGCAUUAUUAGUUUUAAUGUGUUUUGACACCUCAGCUGUUCUAUGUAGACUCACUCUGAUCUUCAGAGCCCACAUAUUGGAUCAGAUAAUUAAGCUGCUUAAAUGGCUCAUGUUCCUGUCAUAUUGUUGGGGUAGGAAUGAAGUGGGAAAAUAGUGUGAUAUAGAAGAGAUAAUUUUCGUUCACUCAUUUUGUCAUUCAUUCAUUCACAUAUUCAAACACACUAAGUACCUGUUAUGUGAGAGGCCCUGUGCUUGAAUUUAUACGGGAAUGUGACUCAUCCUCUAAUCUCAAAGGGUUUGAAGUCUGAGGAAGGGAUGGGGGAGAAGUUAAUAUUUUAUUGAAAUAAACAUAACACAAAAUGUGAAAAAAAAAAAGGAGCUUAGGAGCCCUCCAACCACAAUGCUUUGGGAAUGGAGAACACAGAAAAAACGACUUCCAACUUGAAGUUAGCAUUGAGACAUGUAGAAGUUGGCAGCUAGUUUCCCUAGAGCAGAGGUAUCAGCAUGACUACAGGCAUAGAGAGCUGGGGAAGGGGGAUCAUAACUAGCACUCAGGUCAGAUGGGACCUUGGGUUAGCUGAAGGUAAGAGAAGGCUGAGAGGACAGAUUGGAACCAAAUUGUAAAUGGCCUUGCAUGUCAGGCAAAGCAGAACUGUAUUUGGUGGUCACUGAUGUGUUUUUGAGUAGAGAGAUGAAUACUUGUCAGUAGAGGAUGUGAUAAUUAGAGUGAGGAGAUUCUGAAGGCCAGGAAACCAAAUCGAAUUCGUGCAGAGGCCUGCUGAAGGCCUGGAGGAGACUGAGACAGAGGUCAAGGAAGAGGGGACAAGGGGGAGAAGUGGAACAAGUGAAAGAUAUAUUUCUUGGUGUGCUAUUCAGAGUGCUCUUCCAGUUAGCAAAAUGAAAAUCAGCCUGUACAUUAGAAUUCUCAAAGACACCUUGGCAAGGCUAGCGUUUCCUAUUAGGAAUACCAAUAGGAAAAACAGAAAUGUAAUGAGUAAUAAUUUAGAUUUCUGUUCAGUCUCAAAUCCAACAAGAAAUGUAAUUGAUGAACAUUCUCAGUCGUGUAUUUACAUCCUGUAGGGGCAUUCUUCCUUCAGCUAGGAUGGGUUUUUGCCUGUUAUUGUUAUUAAUGAAGCUAAUAAAUGGAACACUCUCUAAAGAAGCUUGGUUAACUCUUCCAUCAUCACUGACUAGGUUCCAAAAGAAAUGAGAGCUUGGCUUCUAAAAUGAAAUCAUUUUUGCACUACUGCAUCCACUUAUGCACUGUGGGCAAACUCAAGCAGGAAAUUAGAAUCCUAUCCGGAUUUUAAAUAUUAGAGUCAGCUACUACAUUGAAAACAGCCCUACAUUUGAUAUAUGGAAACACUGUUCUCUAUUAUUAGAUGUUGACCAAGUAAAGGGCAAAAGCAACAACAAAACAACCCUACUCAUAUCCAAAGUGCUUACCUGGGCCGGGCGUGGUGGCUUAUGCUUAGAAUCCCAGCAAUUUGGGAGGCCAAGGUGGGAGGAUUGCUUGA